UGAUGAUGUAUAUGUCCCAGAUACCAGAUUAAAGGCAAGUUUUAGCAUUUUAUUUUUUCCCAUAACCUAUAAAUAUUUGCAAAAUUUUGUAAUAUAUAAUUCGUUUGAGCUAGAGGCAACUUCAAGCUCAGAAAAAUCUAAAGAUGUACCUCAAGUGAUAUCUUAUUCGCCUGUUGUGGUCGAAUUAGCUGAAUUGUGUACUGAAUUGCAGCAGACAGUGGAAUCAAACCCCUUAGCCUCAACGAAGCACCAAGAUCUAGCUAGUUCUAUUGAGAUACAAGAGACAUCUGCUAUAAAUGCUUUGGGUAAUUUGCAAGGCAGAUACAGUUCAAAUGAAAAUGAAGAUAUUGAAAGUGAACAAGAAGAUCCAUUCACUGGAACUCAUUCAAGUUCAGAUCCUGAUUACGAUCCUACGUCCCCCUCUAGCUCUUCAGAUGAUGAUUCAGUGUCCUCUAUUACCAGCGUACAUGAUGGCAAUAACUCUUUGUAUGAGAGAAAUAGCGAGGAUGAUAGAAAAUGUUCAAACAUACGUAUGGAUACCAAUGGACAUGAAUAAUGCACUGAAUAUGAAUGAGCACUCUUUUCCACAAAGUAUUAAUGUAGCUUCUCAAGAUUGCAGUAGUCCCUUAGCUACAUUUAAACUAUUUAUAGAUAAGAAUGUGAUCAGUUUAAUAGUAGCUGAAACAAACAGCUAAAUCUCCAUCAGUCAAGAGUGACGAGCAUACCGCACGAUAUCUAGAAGGUUGACGAGAAUCCAGAACAACAAUCAGCCGAAUAUAUAAGGAGCCGCAUC